AUGGCCGCUCCCCCUAUUACCCUCCGCAGCCCGCCUGUCUACUCUCUCUCUCUCUCUCUCCCUAGCCGAAUGACUGCUAACUUAAAUCGAGCCGAUAAGCAACGAGCCUCAGAGAAUUAUUUACGUCCUUACGUCCCCAUGGCUCAGUUUAUGACCGCCAUAGCGUACCGAGCCGGUCCUAACGGCGCCCUAGAUAAUUAUGCCGACUUUCUCGCCCAAGUCGCUCAGCAAGAGUCACGCAGCAGAGGCACCAAACGACCCGCACCGCUAUCCACCGAGGCGCAUAAGGAGAACCGAAAGCGGCUACGGCGAAUAACCUUUGUUAAGCCCGUAUAUGCUCACGAAACCCAGAUCAACGUCGCCGGCCUAUUCAGGAAAUGGGAGCGAUAA